CGAGAAGGGAAUGGCGGAAUCGAACUCGUACGAGGAGCAGCGCCGGAGGCAGGUGGAGGAGAACCGCCGGAAGCUGGAGGAGCUGCGCCUGCACCACCUCUCCGCCGCCGCUAGGCCCAAGCCCAACCCCAACCCCAGGCCGAAGCGCAAGGCCCCGGGCCCCGGCGAGCUCCGGCGGUCCGGCCGCGUCGCCGGCCUCCCGGAGCAGCCCAACUACCUCAAGGGCUCAGAGCAGCGCGGCUACCGCGGAGUGUACGAGGCAUACGCUGUUUGGAAAGGGCCGACCGACGAGGAGAGGGCCGCCGCCGUCGUUGCCGCCGCCGCCAAACAAAAGGCGGAGGAGCUCCAGCGCCGGAUCCACGGCAUCCUCUGGCCCGCCUUCGUCAAGCCCGUGACCCACGACUGCGCCAGCAGGGCCGCCGUGAUGACAAUCCCGAAGCACUUCGUCGAGCAUCUCCCGGCGCACGACGAGGCGGUCGUCUUGGUGGACGAGGCGGAUGAGGAGUUCCACAUGCUGUACAAUGCCAGACACCACUUCGUCAACAAGGGGUGGAGAGGGUUCGCCGCCCGCCAUGACCUCGCCGACGGCGAUUGCUUGGUUUUCCAACUGACAGAGAGGACAAAGUUCAAGGUCUACAUAAUUAGAGCAAGUUCCAGUCACGGAGAUGACCAAACUUCUGACGAUAAGGACGAACACAAAUGAAGCUGUGUGCUUCUGAAUUCUGAUACAAUGAUUGAUCGGGGCAGGCACACUGUUCUUAUACCCUUGUUUGCCUAGGUUACGGAAUACCUGAAUUAAACAUUUCUUUUAUCUUUUGCCGAGGCACCGAUUUCAUAAUUGGCCAAGCUCAGUUUUGUGGAUAAAAAUUACAAACCCGCUCGCUUCCGAGUUAAUUAUGAGCAAACAACUGUGUUUCCUGCACUGGAGUUGGAUGUUUUUGCGAAACGCACUGGUCGUCUCUCCCAUUUCCCUAUUGGCUUGAGAUUUGGAGCCUGACAUGUGAAACUGGCAUCUUAUUUUGUUGAUUUGGUAGUGCUGCACGUCUAGUGGUAGUGGCAUACCCACGAUCCCGCUCGGCUGAGUCCAGCAACCUGUAUAUAUCACCCAGCCUUGAGCAUAAUGGAAGUGUGCUGAAUCCCAUCUCUUUCAUUCUCUCAACACCUCUGUAACUUAAUAUAAGACGUUUUUAUUUACACUAUCAUGGACUCUAAAACGUCUUAUUUAAGUGGAAUACUAAAUAAAAGGCUCUUGUAUAGGUUCUGACUUAUCCGUAUAGAUGCUAACAUGUCAAAUGUGUUUGUUUCUUUUGCAGUUUGUAAGAGAAGCAAUUUCUUCCUGGAUGCUGGAGAUUCGGCCGCAGCUCCGGCCUCCAGUGUCGUCAUGUCGAGUCGUCGCAUUCCCGGUCCCGGUGUAGCAGGAUUUUUAACCUAGACUAGAUAGUAAUGGCAGAGGAAGAAGGGCAUCGUAUUAUCAUGCAGACCAUGCCUCACUCGUCGAUUGUGAAGUCCACAUUCAGCGUUUUAGGGCGAGCCAAACGAAUAUCUUGCAAUUCAGUGGCAUCCAAGCUCUCCGAAGCCAUGGUGCUCCAAACUGUGAUGAUCCCUGACACGGCAUCAUAUAGGUAGAACUACCAGAGUAUGCACCAGAUUUACUCCACAUCCAAGAGAAGUUGUCCUCCUGCUAGCUGCAGGUCAUACUCCAAGGCUGCAAGUGCGUCCCACAGAUUGAUGUACUGAAUCAAGGCCCGAGUAGAAAGGGCACCUCCAAUAUCCCUGACCCAGGCAUUGUCCGGGUGCCCUUCAGACACGAGCCUCGAACCGUUCCUGUGUUGUUUGAGGUGCCUUGGGAGUUGGGAUGGUCUUCUCUUCCGAGCGCUCGGGUGGGCGGCCCGCCCCAAAACCCUCCGGCCCGGAGGGUGCAAAGAAAAGGCAAAUUCUGCUCAAAUGUAGGGGCAAGUGCGAGGUGUCAAGUGUUUUUUGGACAUCCCCAAAAUAUUUUGGGAGUUAUGGAAGAAUAGGGGAUAGUGCUGACUUCCUAAAAUGUA